UUUUCAUUGCUUCACUCUGUGGUGCUUCCCAGAACUAAAGGUGUGAGUGUGUGAGAGAGACGUCUCAUGCAUUUGGAGUGGGUUUAAGGUUUCUGGAUGUUUUUAAUCUUUCUACAUCAGAUCUAGCGAGGAGAAAAACAAUGAAGGUCAUUGUUGGGAUCCUGCUAAUGUUCAUGGGAGCUGCCUCAGGUUUGCUGUUUCAGGAUCCUGUUGUCUGUAGAUUUACUCAGAGUAAUCAGUGUUAUGUAGCUCUGGGGCAACAACUAAACCUGCAAAUGCCCCGGGUGGAUAUGUUUCAACUAAAGAUCACAGACAAGACAUCUACUGAUCAUAUCAUUUUAAAAUAUAGGCCUCACCGUGGUAUCCCACUAACAGUGUAUAUCAAAAGAUGGCAAUUUGUUAAUAAUAAUAAAACUCUGAUACUAACCAGUGCACAAAGGAGUGAUAAUGGAACGUACACUUUACAGACCUUUGAUGCAAAGGGAAAUAAUAAAGGCAUAUAUACUCUCCAGCUCAACAUUGAAGCUGAGGUGACCUCAGUGAAAGUGUCAUACAGCUGCUUGUCUCCUGCGGUCUGGAGAGUGUACUGUUCGGCUGAUGGAGACAACCUUUUCUUCAACUGGUCAUCUGGAUUCGUCACUUGGUUUGAGAACGGGAGUAGCACUCUGGUACUGGAUAAAAUCCACAAGGAAAAUGUAACCUGCCAUGUACAAAACCAUGUCAGCCAUGACAGCGAUUUUGUUAGACUCCACAAAUGUCCUGACUUGAGAAAUAAAAUGCAGGACAUCAUUGGGAUCCUGCUAAUGUUCAUGGGAGCUGCCUCAGGUUUGCUGAUUCAAGAUCCUGUUGUCUGUAGAUUUACUGAGAGUAAUCAGUGUUAUGCAGCUCUAGGGCAAAAACUAAACCUGCAAAUGCCCCGGGUGGCUGGGUUUAACCUAACGAUCACAGACGGGACAUCUACCAAGCAUAUUGUAUAUCGCCAUUGGAUCCCACAAACACCACAUAAUAAAAGAUGGCAGUUUGUUUAUGAUAAUAAAACUCUGAUACUAACCAGUGUGGAGAGAAGCGAUAAUGGAACGUACACUUUACAGACCUUUGAUGUAAAUGGGAAGAGUACAGGCAGUUAUACUCUCCAGGUGAACAUUGAAGGCUACCCUGAGCAUAAACCGCUCAUCCUGGGCUUGGUUUGUGUGCUUCUCAUUGUAAUAUCUGUCUUGGGCUACUUCACAUACAAAAAGAAACAAGGAUUAAAGAACAAAGAAGUCCAAGUUCAGAAUGAUGCCGUAGAGAAUGCCAUGGUGGUCACUCCUCCCAGUCAGGAGAAGAAAGAGGGUGAUGUGCAGUACGUCCAAGCUCAGGAUGAUGCCGUAGAACAUGCCAUGGUGGUCACUCCUCCCAGCCAGAGGAAGAAGAAGAAAAAGAAAAAGAAAAUGAAAAAAGAGUGUGACGUGCAGUAUGGUGAGCUGGUGUUUAACACUCCAGACAAAAAAGAGAAGGAGAUGCCCAAAGUGCAAGAGGAGAGUGUGUACUCACAGAUCCAGCAUGGUUAGUGAGGGACACCAUCUCAGGCUGUCUCAACACAUAUCAGUAACAUUGUUUUGCUUUUAUUGUGUCAGUAAAGGCUGAGUCAGUGAGUGUAAGUGAAGGCUGAGUAUCUAAAUGUCUCUGUUUUAAUUUUCAUUUAAUGCAUUGCUUUGUUGCUAUAUUAUAAUGGUAGACAAAGUAGCUGUUGGUGACAAUGUACAUGUACACACUUAUCUCUUGUUCAAAACAAAACUUCCUAAAAUGUGAAAUGAUGCAAUUACUGAAUCUUUUUAGUAGCAGUACAGUGGUUACUAAUACUGUUUUGAGCUCAGGUUUCUGUCUGUGUGGAGCCGUAUCCCUGCAUCCAUAUGGGGUUUUUCUGGUUACCUUUGACGUCCCUGCAGGAUGCACUGCAAUAUACUGGGACAAACCUCAAACCCUGACCUUUGAUUUUUAAUAUAAUGCUUUAGUCCAGUGGUUCCCAACCCUGGUCCCCUAUUUAACAGGUAUUUAACCGGCUCUGCCCUAUCCACUUCUAUUUUUAAAAAGCUGUUAAUUACAGUAGAUGAUUAGAUACAUCAGAUGUUCUGGGAGUAGAGGAAACACUAAAAUGUGCAGUGCAGGGGAUCCUCCAGGACUUGGGCUGGGAAGCAUUUUUUUUUAGGUGCCAUUUUAUGACGAUUCUAUUAAGAUGAUAUAACUAAUACAAAACUGCCAACGCGCCCGCAUUGAAUGUGCGGAAUCUUCACACGCUCUCAUACCACACUGCCAGUUUCUCACACUUUCAUAUUCAAAGCUGUUGUCAGUGAAAGAUGCAAAAUCACUAAAGUUUCAGGCACUUUCUGAUGAGUAAGCUAUAAAUAGCUUUUAUUUAAGACAAAUCGCUACACAGGUUUAUCACGGUCAGAAUAAUGCACUGCCACUUUUUUCUCUCCAAGUGGAGCGAAAUAAUCGAAGACAAAUUAACACACAUUUACAGCUGCAAAGGCAUCAUUCACACGUGAACGAAGGGAUAAUAAUUGCAACAGCUAUAAUAGUACUGAACAGAUCAACAAUCUAAUAAAAUCAUUUAAUGCAUGAAAGUUAAAAACAGGAGCAUUAAAAGAGUAAGUGAGGGCAGUGACAGUUACAAUGACAUUU